AUGUCUUCCUCUCCCCACGAAGCGCCCGAAGCGCGUUCCGAACUAGCCAGCGCGGAAAACCCUGUCAACGCGCCCGGUCCAAUUGCGAUCGACAGUUUCGGAGAGGACAUCGACAGUGAAUUCAGUAAUGAGCUGUCCGAUCUCACCUCCCUGUCGUCGAGCGUGCUCGAGUUUGAGAUGCCGAAUGAUGAGGACGAGCAGGAUCGUAUGGAUCUCACACACCACAUAGUGCAGAUGGCUGAUGCUGCUGGGGGAGAGCUCUACAAUGCCCCUAUCACAUCGUCACCACAGAACAUUCUUGACCUGGGAACAGGAACAGGCAUCUGGGCUCUGGACAUUGCCGAGAAAUUCCCCAGCGCGCAUGUUAUUGGGAACGACAUCAGCCCCAUCCAGCCCACUUGGGUAGCACCGAACAUCGAAUUUAUCAUAGAAGAUUUCGAAAGCGAGUGGCAGUAUGAACGAGACUAUUUUGACUUUAUCCAUGCACGAUGCCUGGCAGGAUGCGUGGCCGACUGGCCCGCGUUUAUUCGCCGAAUCUACGACCACGUCAAACCAGGCGGCUACUUUGAAUCGCACGAGAGUGCCGUGUGGGCCUGGAGCGACGAUGGCUCCCUCAAGCAAGAUUCCGCGCUCAUGGAAUGGCAGCAGGCUAUAAAUGUCGCCGGCACCAAGACUGGUCGGGAGCUCAACAUAUACCAUAAGCUAAAGGGCUGGAUGAUUGAAGCCGGAUUUGAGGAUGUCAGCUUGUCGGUCUACGUGCUGCCGUUCUCGCCCUGGCCGCGCGAUCCCCAUCUGAAGGCCCUGGGGAAAUACCAGGCAGUGCAGUUGCAGCAAGCCAUAGACUCUUAUUCGCUGCGCUUGUACACACAGGUGCUGGGCUGGAGUCCGGAUAUGGCUAAGAUUCAUAAUGCUGUGGUCAAGCAGGAGCUGCGGGAUAAAAAGUUGCAUGCCUAUGUUCAAACAGUCGCCGUCCAUGGGAGGAAACCUCUGCACUUGUAA